AUGGCCGAUGGGAUAGUUACCACACCUGAAACUGGCAGCAGCUCGGCAGACGCUGUGCAGCCGCCCCGAAACACCUUGGCUCCUGCACCAGACACUAUUGAGCCAGUUGCAUCAAGCCCACAAAAUGUCUUGAGCUCGAAGGAUAGUACAAGAUCAGAUGUUCAGCCUCAAAACCAGCCUCUCCGCUUCGUUGAGUCCAGUGCAAGUUCCUCUGGGGACGAGAUUGGGCCUGCGGACGGACCGAGUUCUGCGGCUCCUUUCAAGAAAAGCCGCCACGGCAAGUUUGCGUACAGUGAUCGCUACGAGCCUGGCGACUAUCAGAAUACGACGAUGUCGACCGUAGUGAAGCCAUGGCAACGCAAGCUGAUUUUGAUCCAUCCGAUCGUCAUCGUCUGGGUCUUCUUGACGUACGUUGCAUACUAUGGCUACCGCGUCUGGUGCAACUACCAGUUUCGCGUCGUCUAUGGUGGGCUGGCUGAAGCGUCAUGGAUCUUCAUUGUCGUAGAGGGCGUCAUCCUUUUGCCCUACUUGUCAUGGAUGGCGGUUCUGCUACUUUCACUCGGCAAUCGCAAGCGUCCGAAGCUUCGCCUUCGUGGUGAAGCAGUCCCGACAGUGGACGUGCUCUUCACUACUUGUGGCGAAGUUGUUCCUAUGAUCAUCAACACAGUCAGGGGCGCAUGCAACAUCGACUACCCACGUGAUCGUUAUCGCAUCAUUAUUUGCGAUGAUGAUGCCGACCCCAAUCUGGCAGAAGCUUUGCAACCACUAAUUGCAGAAUACCCAAACCUUGUCUACCAAGCACGUGUCAAGGUUGAAGGCGUACCACAUCACUACAAGGCAGGCAACUUGCAGUCUGGUAUCGACUAUGCGGUUCAUCUGCCAGGUGGACCUGCUGAAUACCUCGCGACUCUGGACGCGGACAUGAUCCCUCAUCCAGAAUGGCUGCGAGCUAUCUUGCCUCAUCUACUACGCGAUCCGGAACUCGCUCUCGUCUCACCACCACAAACGUUCUGGAAUGUGCCUGCAGAUGACCCACUUUGUCAAUCGAUCUGUGAGUUCAUCCACUACUUAGAGCCGAGGAAGGAUCAUAUGGGUGCAGCUUGGUGCACGGGAAGUGGUGUCGUCUUCAAGCGGUUCAUUGUGGAUGAGCUGGGUGGAUGGCCUACGCCGUCGAUGGCGGAAGAUCAGUUGCUCUCUUUCAUGAUGAAUGGCGCGGGCUAUAAGACGGCCUACCUUCAUGAGUUCAUGCAAGUCGGUAUGGUACCAGAGAGCAUCAUCAAUCAUCUCAAGCAACGUACGCGCUGGGCAGUUGGUACUCUCGAAACCGCACAGGAGCUAAACUGGGGUCUACCAGGCAAAUAUACCAAACACAUGACCUUUCCCCAACGCUGGUGCAUCUUCACCUUCGCUUUCAACACCAUAAUGGCUAUCCCCGUCUUCAUCGCCUACUUCAUCAUCCCCGCGCUGCUCUACUGGGGCCGCGACCUCCUCGUCUACGUGACCGACGACCAACUGCGCUGGCAAAUCCGCCUCUGCGCCAUCUGGGUCGUAUCCCUACGCAUCAACGAAAUCGUCCUCACGCUGCCCUCCGGCUACAUCCAAGGCCAACGCAGCGCCAUGGCCUGGCAAUUCAUGACGCCCUACCUCGCCGUCACCAUCCUGCGCUGCUACAUCCUGCCCACGUGGCUGGGCGGCAAGAAAAUCGCCUUCCUCGCCUCCGGCGCCAUCCGCGACCGCCUCAAGGAGCGCAGCGAAAUGCACCGCGCAGGCCUCUGGACGCGCAUCAAACUCAUGGGUAUCCACUGCCGCAUAUGGUUCUUCGUGCUCUUCGUACCCUACUGUCUCGGCGCCGCGGGCCUCGAUUGGUACCGCGCGUAUAGCCAGCCCAGCACCAACGCGUCCUUGCGCCAUCUUCUGGUUAACAGCAUGUUGCCGCCGAUGUGGUGGUUGUUCUUGGCGAUUUCUUUCUGCAUCCCGAUACUGUAUGUUUUUCGACCACCGACGGUGCCGGAUCGCGAUGAUAUGAUGAACUUUGAUCAGAAGACUGGUGCGGGCCAGCCCAAGCAUCAGGAGAUUAGGCAGACUUGGGGGUUCUUGCCGUUGGUGAGGGAGGUGGCGUGGGGGUUGACGGUGGUUUAUGUGCUGGUGUUGUUUGUGGGGACGUUUGUUUAUUGA